ACAAGACUCUCCAAGUUGGUGCCUAAGAAGAUGAUAAUCAGUCAAAUGAAUCACUUCUACCUGACCAGCCUUGGGUUCCUCUUCCUGAUUAAUAUUCUCCCUGAAACAACUGGCCAAGGGGAAUCAAGACGACAAGAACCUGGGGAUUUUGUGAAGCAGGAUAUUGGCGGGCUCUCUCCCAAGCAUGCCCCAGAUAUUCCUGAUGACAGCACUGAAAACAUCACUAUCUUCACCAGAAUUUUGGAUCGUCUUCUGGAUGGCUAUGAUAACCGGCUUCGUCCUGGGCUUGGAGAUGCAGUGACUGAAGUGAAGACUGAUAUCUACGUGACCAGUUUUGGCCCUGUGUCAGACACUGACAUGGAGUACACUAUUGAUGUAUUUUUUCGACAGACAUGGCAUGAUGAAAGACUGAAAUUUGAUGGACCCAUGAAAAUUCUUCCACUGAACAAUCUUCUGGCUAGUAAGAUCUGGACCCCUGACACCUUCUUUCACAAUGGCAAGAAAUCCGUGGCCCAUAACAUGACCACACCCAACAAGUUGCUCAGACUGGUGGACAAUGGAACCCUCCUCUACACAAUGAGGUUAACAAUUCAUGCCGAGUGUCCCAUGCAUUUGGAAGAUUUUCCCAUGGAUGUGCAUGCCUGCCCACUGAAGUUUGGAAGCUACGCCUAUACAAAGGCUGAAGUGGUUUAUUCUUGGACACUUGGGAAGAACAAAUCUGUGGAAGUAGCACAGGAUGGCUCUCGCCUGAAUCAAUAUGACCUGCUGGGCCAUGUUGUUGGAACAGAUAUUAUCCGCUCUAGUACAGGAGAAUAUGUUGUCAUGACAACCCACUUUCAUCUCAAGCGAAAAAUUGGCUACUUUGUGAUUCAGACCUACUUGCCAUGUAUCAUGACUGUCAUCCUGUCACAAGUGUCUUUCUGGCUUAACAGAGAGUCUGUCCCUGCCCGCACAGUCUUUGGUGUCACCACUGUUCUCACCAUGACCACCCUGAGUAUCAGUGCCAGAAACUCCUUACCUAAAGUGGCAUACGCGACGGCCAUGGAUUGGUUCAUAGCCGUCUGUUAUGCCUUUGUAUUUUCUGCACUGAUUGAAUUUGCCACUGUCAACUACUUCACCAAGCGGAGUUGGGCUUGGGAAGGCAAGAAGGUGCCAGAGGCCCCAGAGAUGAAGAAGAAAACACCAGCAGCUCCAACAAAGAAAACCAGCACCACUUUCAACAUCGUGGGGACCACCUAUCCCAUCAACCUGGCUAAGGACACUGAGUUCUCCACCAUCUCCCAGGGUGCUGCUCACAGUGCCUCCUCAACCCCGACUAUCAUUGCUUCACCGAAAACCACCUAUGUGCAGGACAUCCCAACUGAGACCAAGACCUACAACAGUGUCAGCAAGGUUGACAAAAUUUCUCGCAUCAUCUUUCCUGUGCUCUUUGCCAUUUUCAAUCUGGUCUAUUGGGCCACAUAUGUCAACCGGGAGUCAGCUAUCAAGGGCAUGAUCCGCAAACAGUAGAUAGUGGUGGCAUAGCAACCAGAGCACAGUAUAUCCUAGGAAGCAUCUAUACACCAAAACCCUGGGGCUCCUCUUCAUGUGUUUCAUGAUUCUUUUCAACCCUCUACAAAGCUGUGACUCUCAACUAAUACUUAUUAAUAUCAAUGAAAAAACAUUUAACGGAAAAAUUACUUGUUCCUCUAACAUUGCUGGGUGUACCCUCAUCAGAGCCAAACACUGCCAUUUGUCCAGUUGCUCAUUAUAAUCUGCCAGUCUCCCCAAACUGAGGGCACUGCAUGUAUUUCACUGCACUCUGCCCACUGCAAAAAGAAGAAGAGGCUCUAUUACUUGUAGUGGGAGGCUUGGCUGUUUGAGUGGUCCAAACCUAGGAGGAGUGUUCACUGGUCCAGAUCAGAUGAUUCUGACUCAGUAGGAAGCCAGGUAGGGCUAUCCCAUGUGGUCCUGCCUGCCACCUUCCCUGCCUACUGCAGGGCCCACUAGGCAUAAGAACUAAUAGCAAAGUCAGGUACAAGUGCUAUCCUCUGAACAUGGCCUCCAGUCCUUUUUUGGCUUGGAGGUUAGUGGGGACAACUGAGGCUCAUCACUGUCUACCGUGUAUAGAAAAACCUAAUAGAACAAAACUGGACUGGCCUGACAUCAAGGUGACUGAUGCCCUGACAUGUCUAGCCCCUCAGAAAAAUGGUAACAUUUUUGGGAAAGCCCUCUUCUCUCAAGCCCUCAACCCUUAUAGCUAGCUGGACACUGCUUAGUUUGGACUCAUUGCCACCUGCAAACUCUUUAAGAAAAAGAUCAAGUAAUUUUUAAAUUUAUACCAAAAAGGUACAAAUAUAAACAAAAAAUAUCUAGAUCAAAUGCCUACACAAAUAAUUUUUAAAGGAUUAGAGUGAUAGGAAAGUCACUUCCCUGCCAAGUUACCUAAUCGAGUACUGGAUGGGGCAAGAGAUAUGGGCUGGGUGGUAGUUGAGGCUUGAAGUCUUUCUCAAAAGACAGGGCCACUGGCAGACAAAAUUAAAUUCUUUCUUCCAUACCAUCCACAUUUCACACCCUAGUCCAGACCCAAGAACUUUGUUCCCACUGUCAGGGAACUCUGGUCCUCUGUUAAUGCUAAUUCUAAGGUGAGGUGAAUCAGAGUCUAGUCAAAUUUUGAGU